AUGUCCGACUUGGAAAACGAGCUCCUUGGCCUGGCUGAGGACGAUCCGAGCCAGAACAAGAGGCGUCACUCCAACAACGGAUCGCGCAAGCCCAAGAACCACGCCUAUGUUGAAGAGUCGGACAAUGACACUGAGGCGUCGAUGGACCUUGACUCGGAUGACGACGAUGGAGGCCGUCCAAGCGGCUCAGCCGCAGCUGCUCCUCGCCCUCGUCCGGCGUCGAACCCGUACCCACUGGAAGGCAAAUAUGUGGACGAGGAUGACCGCGACCACCUCGACAAUCUUCCAGAGAUUGAAAGGGAAAACAUUCUCGCGUCUCGCCAGGAAGAGAUCCAGAAGUUCAAGGACUCGAUGGCUUUGGAUGCCAUGUUCCGGGCUGCGAACGACGACGCCGACGACGAUGACGCUCCUUCAAGGAAACGCCGCAAGCACACCAGUGUUACGACCGAGGCGUCGCGGGCGAUGGCAGAGCUCAAGAAUCGGCGAAAGGCCAAGGAUGAGCGUGUGCAGCGUCGAGUAAGCAUUUGCUCUGAAGACCAUCCCCAUUCUAACAGCGUCCAGGCUGCCCGUCGCGAGCGCAGGGCUCGGUCAUCAUCGAUUGUGUCUCAAGAUGAGGCUUCAUCGGAGGAGGGAGAGAUUUCCAACCGUGAUUCGUGGCGCCAGGCUUCACCGUCCCGACCGCGUCCUGCUGGGGAUGACAGGCGCCAGGACCGAUCCCCAGAUCUUGACUCGCGUCCCGCCAAUGCCCAAGAGCUUAACGCGGCCAGGCUGAGCCGCUACGAGCUCGUGGACAUGAUGUACAAGGACCAGUUUGAGAGCGUGAUCACCGGUGCCUAUGUCCGCGUCAUGUCCGGCGAUGCUGGUGAGAAUGGGCAGCCAAAGUACCGCAUCCAACGUGUCAAUGGGCUGGAAUCUGGCCACUCUCAUGGUCGAUACUCUAUCGAGUACAAGGGCAACAAGGUUUCUGACGAUCGGGCACUUCUCUGCCAGUAUGGCAAGCUUGUACGCCUGUUCCGCAUUGCGGACGUGUCAAACGGUGACCUCGACGAGGACGAGUUUGUACGCUUCACCCGCACAAGUCAGGCCGACGAAGUUAGGCUACCUAGACGGUCGGAGUUGAAGCGCAAGCAUGAGCAAAUCGCUGCUCUUCGCGACCGCCCCAUGACGGAGGACGAGGUUAACCGCCAAGUGGAAGCACGGAAGCGCGCCAACCCCGGAGCUCACCGUCAAAAGACCCAGCUCCAAAUCACAUCCUUGAUGGGUUCAAAGAAUCUGGCUCUGCGUCGCAACGACCUAAAGGAGGCAGAGUUCAUUAGUCAGCAGAUCGAGGAGCUCGGCGGUGAUCCUGCGACAGGCCAGCUCCUUGGUGUCGACGACAACAAGACGGAGCACGAGAGGAGGAUCGAGCGCAUCAACCAGAACAACUUGCGCAAGACUCGUGAAAAUAUGGCCAAGGCUCACGACGCUCUUCUUGCCAAGAAGAAGGCCGAGGACGCUAUUGUCAAGGCGAAAGCAGCUGCCGCUGCCCAGAAUGCCGCCCAGAGCAGUGCCGCCCCUGCCCCGCCACCUAUCUCUGGUGUUAAGAAGGGAGAAACUCCUCAGCAAUAUGUCGCGAGGACCGUCGACCUGGACUUGGGUGACUUUUAG